CUUCAUAUGAUUUUGAUUUUCUGUCAUCUAUGCUUCUUUCGAUCUGUUCUCAUCAAUAAAUCGAAUGUCUCUUUCAAAGAAAUCUAUCAUUUUUUUUUUAAUUUCUCACUCAUUUUUGCUCAAAAGAAUUAAUCUUGACUAUUGAUUCUUAUAAGCUCGUGUAUGUUUCCUUGCUUCACAGUCCGGAGCUCUAGCAGCAACAAUGGUGCGAGUUAGUGUCUUGAAUGAUGCUCUGAAGAGCAUGUACAACGCAGAAAAACGUGGGAAGCGUCAGGUCAUGAUCAGGCCUUCCUCAAAGGUGAUCAUCAAGUUUCUUUUGGUGAUGCAGAAGCACGGAUAUAUUGGCGAGUUUGAGUUUGUAGAUGAUCACAGGGCUGGUAAAAUUGUGGUCGAAUUGAAUGGAAGACUGAACAAAUGUGGUGUUAUCAGUCCACGUUUUGAUGUGGGUGUCAAGGAGAUUGAAACUUGGACUGCAAGGUUGCUCCCUUCAAGACAGUUUGGAUACAUUGUCCUGACAACUUCUGCUGGCAUUAUGGACCAUGAAGAGGCCAGAAGAAAGAAUGUUGGUGGCAAAGUUCUGGGUUUCUUUUACUAGCGGAUAACUUUAGUUGGAUUGAAAGUGAGUGAACUGUUCCGAUUAUAAGUUUUAGCUUGUACUCUGAAAUUUCUCUUACAAUACAAGUUCUAUGAGUUGCUUUA